CUGAAUUAAUUUUUUUCUAAACCAUUAUCCUUAAAUUAUUACAAAAUGUCAAUACAUUUCUUCAGUUCUGCGUGGACUAUUAACGUUUCGUUUAGGAUGUUAUAAAAACCGAAGCUGGUGGAGACAUUUUAACGUUAAAUGCUUGUUUGAAUGUUAGCUAACUGGUGUCCAUUAAGUAAGUUAGCGCAGAAAACUGACAACACCGUAAAUAAACUGUUUUAUUUCGAGGAGUUUCCUGUUGACGAGUCAUAUUAACGUUUAGCCAGUCUUUGUUUGCUGUCAGAGUAUCGACUAUACUGCUUUAUUUUCCUGACAGUCCAUCAAAAGGAGGUUGACCAUGUCCAAAGGAGACAAGGGCUUCAUUGUCAAGUUUGUGGAAAGUGAAGGACAAAGAAAUGAGUAUGCCGUCAAGGCGUAUGAGGCUAUUCUGGAGCUCCAGUCUGACAAAUACUUAAAAACCAUCGAUGAAGAUGCUGUUUUACAGAUGGACCAGAAGGACAAGUCUCUGUUUGUCUUCAGCAGCUUCACCACUUCAGCAUUUCUGCACUGCAAAAAGCUUGGCUGCCGGGUGGUGAGUCCACUGGUGGUGUUGUACUGUCUGCAGCAGCAGCACUGUGUCCCUAAAGCAGAGAAUCCCGUCUAUAACAUGGCCAUGGCUGACAUCACUAUUUCCUGCACCAGUCUGGAUAAAGCAACACGGACAGAGGUGAUGGAUCUGGUGCAGCUCAUGGGUGGACGGGUCUGUCUUGACCUAAAUAUAUCUGUCACACACCUGAUAGCAGGAGAGGUGGGCAGCAAGAAAUAUCUGGUAGCUGCCAGUCUGGGUAAACCCAUCCUGCUGCCUUCAUGGGUCAAAGCCUGCUGGGAGAAAUCUCAGGACAGUCUUUUCAGGUAUACCGAUCUGCCCAUGGAGGACUAUCUGUGCCCGGUGCUGCGCGGCUGCACCGUUUGUGUGACAGGCCUCUCAAGCACGGAGCGCAAAGAGGUGCAGCGGCUCUGUGAUCAGCACGGAGCCAACUACACCGGUCAGCUGAAAAUGAACGAGUGUACACACCUCAUCGUCAGUGAGCCCUCAGGUCAGAAGUACGAGUGUGCAAAGAAGUGGAACGUGUAUUGCGUGUCUCUGCACUGGCUGUUUGACAGCAUAGAAAAGGGCUUUUGUCAGGACGAGAGCAGGUACACUGUGGAGCGCAACGCAUCAAAGAAGACGCAGCCGCAGACUUCCACCCCCACUGGCACCAACAAGAAGGGAGAGGGUCCUUCUCUGUUGGGCUUGAGCCACAUUUCAGUCAAUGCAAGCAUGACCAUAAAUGACACAGCGGUCACCAACGGCAGCAUCAGCCGCCUAGAAGCUCCAGACCCCAUCGACACUCUGGAUCUCACCGUGUGCCCAGCGGAUGAUAUACUGGAUAGCUGUAAGCUGUAUUUGUGCGGCCUGCCGGGGAAGAAACUGGAGAAGCUGCGGCGUCUUGUGAACGCUGCAGGAGGUCUGCGCUUCAACCAGCCGCAUGAGGAUCUCACACAUGUGGUCAUGGGAGAGCUGGACCAGGACCUCAAAAAUUUUAUCUCCAAAGCAACACACAGACCUCAUGUGGUAACAGUGCAGUGGCUGCUGGACAGUUUUAACAAAGGCACUUUGCUUCCAGAGGAAGGUUACCUCCACCCCGACUGCCUGCCUCCGGCUCCAGCUGCUCUAUCUGUGCCGGCCCGUCACACUUCCACCUCCCGAACCUCCGCUGGUCCUCCUGUGGCCAGUCCCAGCACGCCCAGGCAAACCAGAGCAGAGGAAGAUCUGCUCUCACAGUACAUGGAUGAUGACCCUACAGUAGUUGACAUGCCCCCGGCAGAGGGACUCAGCAGGAAGUCCAUCAGUACACUUGCAGAGCCUCACCGCGAAUCCUGGACGCCAAACCACACCAGAGGACCAGAGACAGACUCAACUCUGCAGGAAGCCAGCCAGGCAGGCCUGUUUUUUGGAAAGCGUUUCCUCCUUUUGGGUUUUGGCGCUGGUGAGACCCAGCUGUCUCUACUGGUGACAGAAAACGGAGGCAGGGUGCUGAUGGGUCGUACACGUGUUGUGGCGGACUUUGCAGUCGUCCCGCUGUUGGGCUGUUUGGUGGAGGCCACAGUGGACGAGGUGGUCACUGAUACCUGGCUGGCCAUGUGUGUGGAGAAGGAGUGUGUCCUGCAGCUGUCCUCCAACCCUUUGUUCACCCCUGUCCCUGUGCUGGACGGACGUUUUCCUCUCAAAGAUUGCGUUCUGUCUGUGAGUCAGUUCACCGGCGCAGAGAGGGAGUCUUUGGUGGAGAUGGCCAAACACCUCGGAGCAAGUAUGGUUACAUAACACGUCCAGGAUUACUUUGUGCGCCUCGCCAACCAGAAGAAAGGGAUGCUGGCCAGCACUCAUCUGGUGCUGCAGAGCCCCGAAGGCACAAAGUACCAGGCAGCAAAGAAAUGGGGGCUUCCAGCCGUCACUGUGCGCUGGAUACUAGAGUCUGCUCGCACUGGCCAGAGGGCAGAGGAGGGGCGCUUUUUAGUUGACCUGCCACCCUCACCAGAGAGAGAAGAUGAGAGUUUUGUCGGUGGUUCCCAGAGGACAGCCAUGCCUCCACCAGCACAUGUGUCUCCGGAGGGUCCCUUUACUGGGCCCAGAGCGGUAAAGGCCGUCACCCCUCUGGAUUUAGGCCGCUUCCAGAGCAAAGUGUUCCGCUCCGUGUUGGACGAGAUGAAACCCAAAGAGGACAUCGGCACGCCCAAACAAAACCAGGAGGGCGGCAGAAUGAACCCGCUGCAGAGGGAAGCGUCCCUGAAGCUGGACACUCCCUCUCGUUUCCUCAGCAGAGAUCAGCUGUUCAGGCCCUCCUUUAACGUUAAGGAUCCACUGGGAGAACUGGAGACUCCAGGGGGAAGAUCCAAACCAGGAGAGAGGGUGGAGACGCCGCUGACUGAUGUCAUCAACAGGAACCUGAAGGUGGCUCUGGCCAAUAGCACCCGAAAUAAUGCCUCAGAUAUGCAAGCCAUCUCUGCCAGCCCCCAAUUUACUAAGACAGCUACGAAGGAGGUCCCAGAAAAAGACGCCGGCCCUCUUGCUGGUGUCGUGAUCUGUGUGGGAAAGAAGCUGAGUAAAAUGCAGAGCGAACUCAACGCCAUUGCUGCCUCGCUUGGAGCUGACUUCAGGUGGGCUUGUGAUGACACCGUGACACACUACAUCUACCAGGGCCGUGUUGGAGACAACACCCGGGAAUACAGAGGAGUGAAGGAGAGAGGGCUGCAUCUGGUGUCCCAGCACUGGCUGCAGGCUUGUGCUGACGAGCAGAGGCACGUCCCGGAGUCUCUGUAUCCGUUCACCUACAACCCCAAGAUGAGCCUGAACCUCAGUCAGGUGCCCAACAGUUCCCAGAGGUCUCCACCUUUUACACGAACCCAACUAAAAGACAUUGCUGAGGCAAAAGACGACAAGAGUGAACUCACUGCCACAGAAGAAGCCACAACGUUACGUCGUGUAAGCGACGGAAGCGGAGAUCAAGAACAGAUGAAUGAUACUGCAGAUAAAAGUGAUAUUUCAGAGACUCUAGAAAUGAGAGAGAACCUGCAGAGACAGCUCCAGGAGAUCAUGUCGGCCACGAAGCUGACGACAGGGAGGCGCACCUCAGUCAGACUCAGCAGGUUGGGAUCAGCAGGGGCCGACUCGGGCCCCCAUACACCUGAGGGGAGUCGGGUUGGACGCUGCGGGAGCAGACGUACCCUGGAAGCUCUGAGGGUUUCCAGAGAGGCAGCUAUGGACAUAAACACAGAGCCGUCUCAGAGCGAGCAGAUCGUUUGGGACGACCCGACAGCCAGGGAGGAGAGAGCCAAGCUGGCUGAUAACUUGCAGUGGCCGGGGAGUCCCUCACAACACUCUGAGCCCUUCGUACCUCCGCCUCCUCCCACUACUGAUGAGAACGGUCCCCAGUUCAGGGACUCCAUGACGGACUCUGAGCUGGUGGAGAUGGCUGCCUGUGAAGUCAUUGACCAGCAUAUGGGUCAGAGACUCACAACAAAGAAGCGAGAAAGUGACAUCCUCACUCCUGAAGCCCCGAGCAUCGCCUUCCCUCUCGCCAACCCCGCAGUCGCACCGGAGCCACAGGAGGAGCGUGAGGAAGUAAAGCAGCCGCCCAGAUUUCAGCUGUCCUCCCUCAGCCCUCAGGAGCGCAUUGAUUACAGCCACCUCAUCGAGGAGCUCGGCGGGGUCGUCCUGGAUAAGCAGUCUUUCGACCCCAGUUGUUCCCACAUCAUCGUAGGGACUCCACUGCGCAACGAGAAGUACCUGGCAGCGAUGGCGGCGGGCAAAUGGAUCCUGCACCGCUCGUACCUGGAGGCCUGCCGCUCUGUUGGUCGCUUCAUCCCGGAGGAAGAGUAUGAGUGGGGCAGUAGCUCCAUCCUGGACGCGUUGCCCUCCAUCACCUCACAGCAGAAGAGGCUGGCUUUGGCUGCCAUGCGCUGGAGAAAAGCGCUGCAGGGACGCUCUGAGGAAGGGGGAGCCUUCAGUGGGUGGACAGUGAUGCUGAACAUCGACCAGAACAGAGAAUCAGGCUUCAGGCGCUUACUGCAGUCUGGCAGGGCAAAGGUCCUGCCGAGUCCCUCCCCAUCCCUGUACAAGGAGGCCACUCACCUGUUUGCAGACUUCAGUCGGCUGAAACCCGGAGACUUCAGAGUCGACAUAUCAGAGGCUACCUCCCACGGAGUCACAUGCCUGAAACCAGAGUACAUCGCAGACUACCUCAUGCAGGAGCCGACCCCACCCAUCGAGCUGUACCACCUGACUGAAGCCCCCUCUGAAGAAACUCCAGACACUCCGUCACGUAAGCGCAAAGCAGCCGCAGACAACUCCAGGCUGAAAAAGACACGUCUGGCCUGAAAAUGUCCCCACUAAAUUUUGCAAUUAUAAUUCCCAUAUCUGUGAAAAAGAAUGUAAAUAAGAUUUUCUCUCUUAUGUUAAAAAUAAAAUAAA